AUGGUCGACCUCGGGGGCUCGCUGGCCGUGGCGUCGCGGGGGCUGUUCGCCACGGGCGUGAGUACGGAUCUCAACGUCACGUAUCUCAAUUCCGGCGGCAAGGUCGGGGAGAGGAUCCGGGCGGAGGUGGUUUGUGAUAAGUGUGAGUGUUCUUCCGAUAUAUGGAGGAGGGGGGGGUGCGUUUUCGUUCCGUGCUGAUAUGUUGAAUUUUUUUUUUUGGGGGGGGACAGUCGGCAAGACGUUGGCGUACACGAGCAUCAAGUUCCUGAACGACAAGGAUGAAUUGGUGGCGAGGGGCAGUCAUACGAAGUAUAUCUCGUUCGCGUGGAAGGAUCCGAAUAAUAUCGUGGAGGAGCUGAGUCCGAGGGGGGAAUAA